AUGAGAUACAGAGGCAACACUCCCCUUGUUCUCAACGGGCUGAACUUGAACAUCCAGAGCCGGCAGACAGUUGGGAUUGUUGAAAGAACAGGUUCUGGCAAGUCGUCCUUAGGAACGGCCUUGUUUCGUCUGGUGGAGCCCGCCAGUGGCACAAUCCUCAAUGAUGGCAUGGAUAUCUGUACUGUAGGUUUGGAAGACCUCAGAACCAAGCUGACUGGGAUCCCCCAGGAUCCUGUCCUGUUUGUAGGUACAGUAAGGUACAACUUGGAUCCCUUUGAGAGUCACAGCGAUGAGAUGCUCUGGCAGGUUCUGGAGAGAACAUUCGUGAGAGACACAAUAAUGAAACUCCCAGAGAAAUUACAGGCAGAAGUCACAGAAAAUGGAGACAACUUCUCAGUAGGGGAACGUCAGCUGCUUUGUAUGGCCCGAGUGCUUCUCCGUAAUUCAAAAAUCAUUCUCCUUGAUGAAGCCUCUGCCUCCAUGGACUCUCAGACCGACAUUGUUCAGAGCACCAUCAGAGAUGCCUUCAAAGACUGCACUGUGUUGACCUUUGCCCACCGCCUCAACACGGUCCUCAACUGUGACCGCAUCCUGGUCCUGGAAAACGGGAAGGUGGUCGAGUUUGAUAAGCCUGAAGUCCUUGCUGAGAAGCCAGAUUCUGUGUUUGCGAUGUUACUAGCAGCAGAAAACAAAGUCCGACUAUAA